AUGCAAGAAAUGAAGCAAAUGAUGACGGAGCAAUCCAACAUCCAGGGCAAGUUACAAGCCCUUAAGAAUUGCGUGAAUGGUCAGGCGAUUCUUAACAAUUCUGAGCAAAAAAAACGACAGGAAGUCUUAUUACAACGGAUUUCUGAGAAAAGAGAAGAGAACUCCAGAUUGUCACAAAAUCUGCAGUCAAAGGAAGGGCAGAUCAUAGAACUGACGAAAGCUGUUGUUAAUAUGGAUCAAUGGUUAAAAAAAGCUACGGAAUCAACGGCACAUAUGUCUCCAGAGCUCGCGCCUAAUGCAGAAUUAAAGGUAGCCCAUGAGCUUCUGACUAACAACAGAGACCUAGUGACUCAACUGCAAAGUGGCAUCCAGGCACAGCGUGUUGCAUAUGAGUCCCGCCAAAAUGAGCUUGAAAACCAGCUUCAAAUAGCACAGGAAGAACUUCGAAUUACCAGCAAGCUUCUAGAAGAAUUGAAAGAGAGCAGAGCUUUCACGGAACACUGCCUUGCUGUAGCGUCUCAAGAAAGACACCGUGAGUUAGAACUUCAAUUGGAAGAGAAAGAAGCGACUCUGAAGGCGCUGCAACAGCAGCAUCACGAGAAAAUAACUGAACUUUCAGAAUUUAAAAUAGGAGAGGGUGUAGCACAGAACCGUCAGCUCCGGAAAGAACUCAAAGCUGCUAAUCAGAGAAUCACCAAUUUGACUAUAAAGCUCCGAGAGAUGCCAAUGCCAGCAAACGAAAUUGACCAGGUGUAUCCACAGCUGGAUGAACUCCAGGAAAUGUUGAGGGGAAUCAAGGAAGACAUGAUGCCGGAGCUUAUAGAGGCCAGUAAGCUAUUUGCAGACAUGCGAGGUUACCUAACAGAUGCCUCCAAGAGACCUUCGGCUUCACCUAAACAGGCUAUUGACUUGGAUGACGAUCAGCUGCCCAUGAAACAAUCGUUUUCUAGGGGGCAACCUGAGAAGCUGUCAAAGAGCCAGAAUGAUGAAGGGAAUAUCUCUGAGAGUAAUCGGGGAGGGCGAGAGUUUCUUGAAGUGUCACGAACGGACCCUCUCGAUAUUCCAUUCAGGCGAGGGCUUGAUAACCUUAAGACAAGCUCAUCCAACAAGAUUCUCGAGCCAGAGUCACCAUAUGCAAAACGAGUGGUUAUACGCAGUCCCAUUGAAGAUUUGUACCAGUCUUCAGACCCGUCCUCAGUAGCAUUUGGUAAGCUCUAUCUUUCGGAGUCAGAAAGUGAUUCCGCACGGCCCAGAAGCAUUAUGCGGACUGGUGCUUCCAUGCAAGAGACAGCAACCAGGGGUACUGUUGAGCCAGUUAAAAAGCCUCUCGUCGCCACUCAUAUCGGUCACACCAGGUACAAUCGUCCUGUUGGAAGUCAAAAUAUCGUCCCAGAUGUUGCGCUUAAUUAUGUUGACAAACGCAAAAGACUUAAACAGUCACAAAUUCCUGGCUCAAGGGUUCUCAGUAACAUAGACAAAGAUCGAGAGCAAAGAAACAAACGAAAUCAGGCCCAACCACCGGUAGAUCGACUUGCAAAGCGCACGAAACCAUACUACGACAUUAAGGAGGAUGAGGGCGCAGUGUCUUCAUCCGGAAGAAGUAACACUAAUACCGAUGCACGGAUCGGGCCACUACAACACAGUCAAAGAGACAGUACUGAGGUCACAAGGUUUCAGCCGCAGGACGAUGAUGUUAUUUCGCAACACUUCCACAUAGGAGCGGCCGAAGUAAAUGAGAGUGCGACAACGACAAGUGGAAGUCAGAUGCAGCAGGUCUCAGGCAAGCCUCUGCGGCGAGGCCCCGCAGCAGCAAGACCUAUUCGAAUUAGGCAUUUCAGAAAGCUAUGA